UCAGAUCCACCGCCUACCACAUGCCACUCACACCCUGGGGUCUCGAAACUCGGGUUGAAUCUCUCAACAACAUCUGUAUGGUCAGUGGACUCACUUGAAAGCCUUUCCGUUAUAUGGAAACCUGCUCCUUAUGCAUAAAGGCACGUAUAUCUCCAGCUCAUCUAAGAGCUUGCAAACUGCUGGACGUCGUCUCCCCCAAUCAUUUAGAACUAGCCAGUCUAGGAGGACCUGCCGGCUCAAUGAGCACGAAUUACCGCCGCCAAGCUUCGGAGACCUUCGUCUACCAAUUUCUUGACACUGGUAUGGGACCAAACGGUGAAGGCACCAUCGUUGUACGUUGCGGUGAACAUGGAUGUUUCAUUAUUAGUCGAACAUACGCAGCCAGAUGGUUCCCUGCGUUUCACGCCUAUUCCCCUGAUCGAGCGGUGGAUGUCAUCGGGACUGAUCGAUGAGGAUUGUCCGAACCUGGCUUGCCAGGCGUUUGGUGGCGGAGGCUUGACUGACUGUGAAAUCGAAGCCUACCACUUUGUAAGCUCCAGAAGUAUGCUUGAGAAUGAGAUUUUGGACUACUGGGAGCUACAUUGCUACCACGUUCUCUUCCUUCUGGAAAUCGAUUGAGUCGUUGAUC